AUGCGCUUUCCUCUCUUCUUGCUCCUGCAGCUGGCAGCGUCCAGCUUCGCCCUGACCAAGCCCGAUUAUGACAAUUACGAUUAUUAUGCCGUCCACCUUUCNCCCGACGCCUCACCAGAGACUGUAGCGACGCACCUUGGAUUCCACCUCGACAGUGCUAUCGACUCGCUCAAAGAUCACUACGUCUUCAAGGCACCAAAGGCCUCGCAGGAUAUCAUACACGAAGCCAAGCAGGACCUGAAGCGUCUAAGGAGAAAGAGGCAGGCCGGAUGGGACCGCCGUCAUGUUCUAGACAAUAUUCUACUCAACAGAAAGCAAGAGCGUCGGUUGCGCCUGUUCAAGCGUGCGCCUCCACCGCAGUCGGCUGCAUUGGAUCUACGUGCCGACAAGCAGCUGGCCGACUCCCAGGUGCAAAAAGGACUGGACAUUGCAAAGAGCUUGGAUAUCGAGGAUCCUACUUUUAUGGACCAGUGGCAUUUGUACAACCCCAUGCAACUUGGUCAUGACAUCAACGUCACAGGAGUAUGGCUUCAGGGUAUUACUGGAAAGAAUUCUACCGUCUGUAUUGUAGAUGAUGGUCUGGAUAUGGAUAGUGACGAUCUCCGCGACAACUACUUUGCUGCUGGUUCUCAUGAUUUCAACGACCAUGUUGACGACCCAAAACCAAGACUAUCCGAUGACCACCACGGCACUCGUUGCGCUGGUGAGGUUGCUGCCGUGAGGAAUGAUGUCUGCGGUGUAGGUGUUGCAUAUGACUCCAAGAUAUCCGGUGUCCGGAUCCUCUCGGGCGCUCUCACCGAGUUGGACGAAGCUCUUGCUCUCAACUAUGCUUACCAAGAAAAUCAAAUCUACUCUUGUUCGUGGGGUCCUCCAGACGAUGGUCAGAGCAUGGAAGCACCAGGUAUCAUAAUCAANAGAGCUAUGGUUGCUGGCGUUCAACAAGGUCGCCAGAACCUUGGUAGUAUCUUCGUCUUUGCCAUUGGCAAUGGCGCAGCGAACGACGACAAUUGCAACUUCGAUGGCUACACCAACAGUAUCUACAGUGUAUCUGUCGGUGGUAUCGAUCGCAAAGGCUUGCACCCAUACUACAGUGAGAAAUGCUCGGCGCAACUGGUUGUGACUUACAGCUCUGGCUCUGGCGAUGCCAUUCAUACUACUGAUGUUGGAGCAAAUCAGUGCUACGUCAGCCAUGGCGGUACAUCAGCAGCUGGCCCACUGGUUGCAGGUAUAUAUGCCCUGGUACUCGAAGUCAGACCUGACCUCACCUGGCGCGACAUCCAAUGGCUCACCGUUCUCACUGCUAUUCCAAUUGAUCAGCCAGAGGAUGACUGGCAAGACACUCCUUUUGGACGCCGGUUCAGUCAUGCUUCCGGCUACGGCAAAAUCGACGCUUAUGCAAUCGUGGAAGCCGCUAGAAAUUGGACCAAUGUCAAGCCUCAAGCAUGGUUCUUCUCACCUUGGAUGCAUGUCAGACACGAUAUCCCCGAGGGCGAGCAAGGAAUAGCUUCCAGCUUUGAGAUUACUGAACAAAUGCUCAAAGACGCUAAUCUGGAACGUAUCGAGCAUGUCACAGUAACCAUGAAUGUGGAACACACUCGCCGUGGUGAUCUUAGUGUCGAGCUGCGCUCGCCCGAGGGUAUCGUCUCACACAUUGCAACUUCCCGUCGUAGAGACGAAGCAAAUUCUGGAUACGAUGAUUGGACUUUCAUGUCGGUCGCCCACUGGGGUGAAACCGGAGUGGGAAAGUGGACUGUGAUUGUCAAGGACUCGACAAAGAACGGCCACACUGGCAAAUUCGUCGAUUGGCACUUGAAGCUUUUCGGAGAGUCCAUUGAUGGAUCCAAACAGGGGCUGUUGCCACUGCCCGAUGAGCACGAUGACGAUAACCACGAUAUCGAGACCACCAGUGUUGGUGGAGCUACUACGAGCGUCGACCACCCUACAGUCACUGGCGAGCCUCAAGGAAACCCAACAGACCACAUUGACAGACCCGUCAACAGUAAAGUAUCGACCACCUCAACCCCUACAGCAGAACCAACAUCAGCAGUUCCCGAGCCAACAUCCACGCCUGAUGCCGAAGAGGAUGAAAUUAGUGAAAAGCCCGAGUCCAACUUCCUCCCAUCUCCCUUCCCCACUUUCGGCGCCUCCAAGCGCACGCAGGUCUGGAUCUAUGGGGCGUUUGCGCUCAUUGCAGUCUUCUGCACGUCACUCACCGUCUGGUAUAUUCUCACCAAACGCCGAAGACAGCGCAACGCGCGUGACGAGUACGAGUUCGAGAUGCUUCACGAAGAAGACAUUGACGAUGAAGGAGCCAGAUCCAACGGUGCCAAUGGUAUGAGUGCAAAAGCAAAGGGCAAGCGAAGGGCAGGUGAACUAUAUGAUGCCUUUGCAGAGGACAGUGAUGAAGAAGAUGUGUUCAGUGUUGGAGAUGAUGAGGAGCACGCUCACGAACACGAUCACGGCUAUAGGUACGAUGAUGCAGGCGAUGGGCAAGGAAGCCCCAGUCGUGGGCACAGCGGAGCGCGUGAAACAUGA